CACGAGCUGUCGCAAAGUCUUAUAACUCUAUUCCUUGGCUCGCAGAAAUGGAAUAAUCCUUACCUACGUUGGGAUCCCUUGAAUUAUAAAAACUUAACACAGAUACUUGUGGAUCCAAGAGAAGUUUGGGUACCUGAUAUAGUACUAGAGAACAAUGCCGAUUAUGGUGUCGUUCAAGCGGGACACUUGGAAAAAUUCCGAAGUUGGGUGCGUUUGCACAGCAAUGGGCAAAACACGUGGCUAUCUCCAGCAACGUUCAAAAGCAAGUGCAAGCUCAGUUUUAAGGACUUUCCCUUUGACUUACAGGAGUGCAGUAUGUCUUUUCGUUCAGUAACAUCUGAUCGCACCCUUUUGAAUGUCAAAACCAAAUCAAUCAAGAACGAUGAUCCUGAGGAAGAGCUUAAUAUUACCACAUCUAAUGGUUAUUGGUCACUAAGAAGCAUUGAGAUCAAGACAGAGGAUGCAACGCAAUCGCCGAUAUUCAGUAAAGUUGAAGUAUCAUUCCGUAUUGGUCGCAAACCCAUGUUCUUUGUACUUUUCACCAUCGUUCCAUGCAGGAUCAUUGGGCUGCUGAUUCUCGUCAGCUUCUUUAUACCAACGGAGGCUGGUGGGAGGAUCGGUUUGUGUUCCACGAUUCUGCUGUCAAUCAGCGUGUACCUACUCGUCGUCGUAAAUGAACUUCCAGAACAAUCUGACGAGUUGCCCCUCAUUGGUGUUUACUACAUUGUGAUCAUGUUUGAGAUCGGUCUGGCGCUGACCACUACAGUUCUGAUCACAAUGGCUCACCAUGCGACUUCCGAGCCACCCGUCAUCUUGACUUGGAUAACAGUGUUCAACAAGAUUGGCUCCUGGGUAAGAAAAAAAAGCAGAUUCGACAGCAAUCAAUCUACUUACGGCACAUCUCCUCAAGUUAUUGAAGGAAAUGUCAACAUUGAAAUGGUGAAAGUUUCUCAUGAGGAGCUUGGAAAGGUGGAUUAGCAGAUUUCAGCAGACACCCUGGAGGAGCAGACGAUAUCCACUUCAGUUUCUAAAGACGUCAACCAAGAAACCUGGAAGGAAAUCGCUCGCGCACUGGACCGUGUUUUCUUCUGGUUGUUUUUGGCGCUGGUUGUGUGUUCUUCCAUUGCCAUUUACUCACACGCAGGAAAGCUUUAAUCACUUGGUAGAUAUAAUUACUACUGGCCUCUUAAAAAACUGCUUAGUGAAGUCUACUCUGGUGUGUUCCAUAUAUUAAUCAAGUAAUUUCUGUCUACUUUUAAGUAGCUUUUGUUUCUCUUGAGACUAACCGUGUGAACAAAUCCAAAAGCUUGUGGUUUAACCGGUCCCACUACUAAGUGGUAGUAGACAGACUGUAAAGCGGGCAGGACAAGCUAGCUGAGUGAAUUUAACUAAUAAAAUCUAAUUGCUCCUUCCAGUCGAAGUCCAAACUGACUGGUAUUAUUAAAUGCAGCAAUAUUUGCUGGAAACUGGACGCAAAAUACUUUAAUUAGUUAGGAUGAUCAAAUCGAAAUUUGUAAUGAAAUGUUUCCAUCAUCAUGAUUUUAAUUGCGAAUAAUAACAUUUUCAAGAACUAAGAGUGAAGGACGAGAGAACUCAAAGGUCAAGCAAAGAACGAAAGAAAAACAGUGGGGAAUGAAGGAAAAAGGCCAUGAAAAGAUAAUAGAAAGUUAAUCACGUUGACGGUUGACGGUUAAAAAUAAGCCUUUUGACGGUUGACGGUUAAAGUUAAGGUCAUAUGGAAUGUCGUUUAUAAAAGGAACCAAGCGUGGGAAUUUGGGGGUAAUAUUUCAUAAUGACGCUUUUCUAAGAAACUUUUAAUCCAUAACACUUUUCAUUAAUAAAUGACUAACGCUUUACGACACCAGAAUUGUUUCCACACCGGAAGGCAGUUCUCUCGCUAACCAGUUUUAUUUGCGGCUAGAGGUUAUAUAGGCUCGAUUACCAGCCGCUGUUCGGGAACCGGAGCCCGCGCUCCUCCCCGAACUCUUUUCGUGGAGGAAA